AUGUUUUCGCGGGAUUCUGUUGGAUCAUCAUCAGAUUCAUCUUGUAGUUCAUGGAGUUCUUACGCCUCAAGCUCUGGUUCAUUUCCAAGUAUCGUCAGCACGAUAUCUUCUAUUUUCUCCUGUCGUUCCACGCCACUACCCGAAUUUCCCACCAGUUCCCUCCAGAGUCCACAGGAUAAAGCAAUUAAAAAUGUAUCGAAUGUAACAUAUUUCGAUUCAAAGUCAAUUAACGAACUUUUGUAUCAUCAAAUACCAACACGAAAAAAACUUCUCACAGUCAGACCUACAGCUCAGAACGGGCCAUCCACUUUAGCACGACUUCAGGAUAUGCAAAAUGUGGUUUGUGUUGCUUUUGGAAUCUUUGAUCGAUAUUAUAUAGCAUGGGAGGAUACCCAAGGAGAACAACAUCAAGUCUCAUUUGGUACCAACAAUGAGUUCUUUGCUUCUGAUAAGGAUGAUAAGAUUUCAAGUCGUGACUCUGCGCCUUCAACUAUCGAUCAUGUAUCUAGAUCGUCACUAAUUAAGCCAAUUGUGCAAAUAAAUUCUCAACUCAUACCCAACCACAAUAAAAUCGAAGAAGAAACCGCGGAGAUACCACGAACUUUAAGAUUAAAGAGAAGGAGUGCUAUGUUUACCUUGGACUACCAACGCAUGACCCUACACAAAACAUAA